CAACGAUCUUCCCUCUGCUGUCAACGACGAGCCGAGACGAACAACUCCCCAGCUGCAUCGAGCGCCUGUCCAGAUCGUUCGGAAUGUCGCUUCUCAAGUCCUUCAUCGACGCCGUCCCAAAGUCCUUCCGCGACCUGGAGUGGUUCUAUCGUGUUAACCCCUCUCUCCCCCCCGUUAUCGUCAAGGCGAGCGAAUACCGAAAUGUGGCUCCUGGAUCCCAGCCCGAUUUCAACCGGGUCGAUACCACCCCCAUUUCCAAGAACCAGUACUUUACCCGUGACGUUCGCCGAAGCUACCCUCAGACAGUCGUGUACACUUCGGAGGAGCUGAGCAAGGAGUUGACCUCUGGAGCCCUGAAAAGCAUCGCUUCCGGCGAGGCUCAAGUUACCACCUCGACCGCCAGCACUCAGAUCUACACCCCCAGCCAUCUGCCUCCCAUCAUCAACAACAGGUACAACUGGAAAAAGUCCUCGCCUCAUCUGGCUCCCAACGAGGUCAACCCCCAGUUCUCGAUCCAGGGUCGAGCCUGAACGUCCCCUCCAUUCGAGCCCACUCGUUACUGCUGUUGUUUCUCCAUGGCUGUGAAUACACACAUGGUCACUCAUCCCA